UUCCUUCAUAAAAUCGACAUAAUGAUACUCACCAGGAAACACAACUUCCCGGACGAGUUUACAAAAAUCACAUAUGCGCUAUCCUACAUGAAAAGAGGAUCAGCAAGGAUAUGGUCAAGAAAUUUCACUAAGGCAAGGAACUUAAAUGAUGACUGGGACCGCUAUACAUGGAAACCCACCCAAGACAUGACUUCGGUCUACCAGAAAAUAUCAGCAGACUUCGAGGAAUUUGAUAAAAUAGUGGAUGCCAGAGACAAACUGGCUAGGAUCAACCAAGGGAAGGAAUCCUUUAACGCAUACCUUCAACUGUUCAAACAAAUUGCCAAACUAGCAGGAGUUGAUCUGGAAACCAAGAAAACACACUUUUUGAAAGGCCUUAAAUGGGAACUGGCCCGAGGAAUUUAUCAAGACCCAGCAGUACAAACUACCUAG